CGCUUCCCAACCCAACUCCAGCUUUUUGGGCAUCGUCAGCCAACCCGUCGAGACCGGCUCAUGAGACCCAGGAAAAUCUCUGUCCAGUCUGUCCAGAGGCACUGCCAGAUUCUCAGUUCUCGCCGGGCCUCUCUCGGUCCACGGUCCACGAUUCGUCUGUCAUGCAAGGUGCUCUCCGUAUCCGCUGAGCAUGAUCGUCUUACCCUUGAAAGCAUUGCCUCCGAUCUCUGGCCUGUGCCUCUGACCCAUUCCACCGACUUCCCCACAAUUGCCUCUCAACAUAUCUGAGAAGGCUCAAACACGCCAUCACUGUUUUGGCCCAUCCUCACCCUCCUCAUAAAUAUAGCCUUCGGUCCCAGCUCCUGUCCUGAUCUUCCCCCUCUUCGUUCCUUCAUCCCAUCUUCAGUUCUCAGUCCCUCUGGCAUUAGUUGGAUCGCUCCUCAGCUUCAACCAUGCCUUCGUCUCAACCCACCGCUGGUGACCUGGCUGUCAAGCCCGAGUUCCAGUCCUCUCAGCCAACGCCGAUGGCUAAACCCUCCGAGCCCAACAGAAGCACCAAGUAUGACCCCAAGAAAGUCCAUAUCACCGAGAUGCCCAUGACAAGGUCGAACUGGUACAAGCAUGUCAACUGGCUCAACGUCACCCUCAUCGUCGGCAUCCCACUGUGGGGUUGCAUCCAGGCCUUCUGGGUGCCCCUGCAGGUCAAGACCGCCGUCUGGGCUGUGCUAUAUUACUUUGCCACCGGAUUGGGCAUUACAGCUGGAUAUCACAGAUUAUGGGCUCAUACCUCCUAUUCCGCCACGCUCCCUUUGAGGCUCUUCCUCGCCGCCGUUGGUGGUGGUGCCGUUGAAGGCUCGAUCAGAUGGUGGUCACGCGACCACCGAGCACACCACAGAUACACCGACACAGACAAGGACCCAUACUCCGUCCGCAAGGGCUUGCUGUAUUCUCACAUUGGCUGGAUGGUCAUGAAGCAAAACCCCAAGAGAAUUGGACGUACCGAUAUCUCGGAUUUGAACGAAGACCCGAUUGUUGUCUGGCAGCACAAGAACUAUCUCAAGGUCGUGAUCUUCAUGGGUCUGAUCCUGCCUACUAUUGUUGCUGGCCUCGGUUGGGGUGAUUGGUGGGGUGGUUUCAUCUACGCUGGCAUUCUCCGAAUUUUCUUCGUCCAGCAAGCCACCUUCUGCGUCAACUCUCUGGCUCACUGGCUGGGAGACCAACCUUUCGACGACCGUAACUCCCCGCGUGACCACGUCAUCACGGCUUUUGUUACCCUGGGUGAGGGUUACCACAACUUCCACCACGAGUUCCCCUCCGAUUACCGCAACGCCAUCGAAUGGCACCAAUAUGAUCCCACCAAGUGGUUCAUCUGGACCUGCAAGCAACUCGGCCUUGCGUACGACCUCAAACAAUUCCGCGCCAACGAAAUCGAGAAGGGCCGUCUUCAACAACAGCAAAAGAAGCUCGAUCAGAAGCGUGCCAAGCUCGACUGGGGUGUUCCUCUCGAUCAGCUGCCGGUUAUGGAAUGGGAUGAGUAUGUGGACCAAUGCAAGAAUGGCCGUGGUUUGAUUGCUGUCGCCGGUAUUGUUCACGAUGUGACGGAUUUCAUCAAGGACCACCCUGGUGGCAAGGCCAUGAUCGGCUCUGGCGUUGGCAAGGAUGCCACUGCCAUGUUCAACGGUGGUGUCUACAUGCACAGCAAUGCCGCGCACAACUUGCUCUCGACGAUGCGAGUGGGCGUCAUCCGUGGCGGAGGUGAGGUUGAUAUCUGGCGGCGGUCGCAAUUGGAGGCCAAAGGUGAAGUCAGCCGAGACUCCUCUGGCGAGAGGAUUAUCCGAGCUGGCUACCAACCCACCAAAGUGCUCCAGAACACUCCUACCGCGGGUGCUGCUUAAGUGCAGAUUAUACCGGACUAUGAGAUCGGUCUUGAUGAGUUAGAGAUUAUGGGAAACUUUUUUACCUGCUAGCGAUAUGUACAGUUGAGUUGGGCGUUCCAGGAAAACAGCGAAAGGGCAAAUGGAUUCGGGGGGGGGGACGGCUAUGGAUAUGGGAUCGGCCAUUGGUUCUAGGCGUGAUUGACGAGAUUGAGCCUUAGAAGCUGCUUACAAAACCACUCGAUAUACCCAUGGCGUAUCAUAGCAGUAUGAAAUCAGACGAAAGCAAUUCUCUGUGA